UAAACUUCCUGUUUUGAAUUGAGUGACACGCAUGAAAAUGGCCUGAAGGCCUAGCUUAUACACUACAGGAGAGAAAACGAACAGUGAUGAUUCUGUGAUACUUGCAUAAAAGGUCCACUUAAGGAUCUAAAGAAAUCCAAGAGGGGAUACUCAUCAUGGAAAAUGAGGAUCUACAGGAGGGAGAGAUUCUACUGAAGAAUUACAGUUCCCACAAUGGGUCCAUGGACUCCAAUUUGGAUGAGGAUCCCAUACAGUCCAUACAGAUGGAGCUGGAGGAUCAUCACCUUGACAACAGUCCUGUUGUUAGUCCCACCCACCAGGAAUACCCCUCUGAAGAUUUCUCUCCCAACUGCUACCUCAGUCUGGCGGCUGUCAUGGCCUCCCUUGGGGGUAUCCUCUUUGGAUAUGACAUAGGUAUCAUAUCCGGUGCUGUCCUUCAGCUGCAGGACCAGUUCUGUCUCUCCUGUUUCCAGAGGGAGCUGGUUGUGAGCAUCAUGCUUGUAGGGGCCAUGAUGGGAUCCCUAUUUGGAGGUUUUGUGAUAGACAAGUAUGGACGUAGGAUGACAAUCAUUCUCAAUGCUGGAGUAUUCCUCGUAGGAGCUUUUAUUCUAGCCCUGUCCACAAGUUAUCCCCUCUUGUUGUUUGGUCGCCUGGUCAUUGGCAUAGCUGUUGCUGUGUCUGCUACAGGAGAAUGUGUUUAUAUAUCGGAGAUAGCACCUGCUAAGAAGCGAGGAGUGCUGGUAUCUCUGAAUGAGCUUGGCAUUACUCUUGGACUUCUCUUGGCUUACCUCAUUAACUACUUCUUUAUUCAGGUUGACAAUGGCUGGCGUUACAUGUUUGGGCUGUCUGCAAUUCCUGCAGUUGUACAAGGUAUAGGGAUGAUGUUUCUUCCUAAGAGUCCACGCUUUUUGAUGUUGACAAGACAGGAGGCAAAGGCCAAGGAAGUGUUGAUGAAACUGAGAGGCAGAGAUGUUGAAAAGGAGAUGAAUGCCAUGAAGAUAUCCAUUGCUGGAGAAAUGAACCAGACCUGCUGUAAUCUGUGUAGCAGUGUAGACAACAUGAGAGGGCGGAUGUUGAUUGGGGCAGGACUUGUCUUCUUUCAACAGUUUACAGGCCAGCCUAAUGUGCUGUAUUACGCACCCACCAUUUUUGAGGCUGUAGGCUUUGGGUCACAUUCUGCGGCUACUCUAGCAACAGUAGGACUAGGGGUUAUCAAGGUUAUCAUGACUGUGAUUGCCUUACUGUGUGUGGAUAAAUGGGGAAGAAGGAAGUUUCUCCUGACCGGUGCUAUAUUGAUGGGUGUGGCCAUCCUGUGUCUGGGGCUCGUGACCCACCUUCAGAAUCACAAACUUGACAAAGAGACAUGCUCCGAGAGUGAGGCAUGUGUGCCUGGCCAUCAUCAACACCAAAAGUUUCUAUACAACCAAUCACACAGUCUCACUGGAGAUAACCUGACUAACUCAAUCAUAACCACACUGUCUAACUCCACUGAUGAUGCACCUCUGGUACACGGGGACACAGCUGGGAAAGUGGUGGCAUUUAUAGCCUUAAUGACAUUUGUGGCAGCUUAUGCCAUAGGAUUUGGACCAGUUACCUGGCUGAUCCUCAGUGAGAUUUUCCCAUCCUCAUUGAAGGGACGGGCCAUUGGUAUGGCAACAGUUCUCAACUGGGGCACCAAUAUGGUUGUCUCCUCUGCGUUUCUCAGUGUUAUUGAUGAGGUUGGAGUGUCCUUGACCUUUUUCAUAUUCAGUCUGAUCUGUGGGUUAUCCACAGGAUUUGUAUUUCUGUUUGUCCCGGAGACAAAAGGACGUUCCUUGGAACAGAUAUCUUCAGAUCUUACAAAAGAGUUGUGUAGUUGGGAAAUGUCCUUGUUCCUGAACGCCAAUGUCGUCAAUCAGUGUACGUCUUGGAAUGCUCUGGUGCUGCAAGUCACUGACAACAGAAGUGAAACUGUCGUCGAGGUACAAACCUGUUCCUGAAGUUCGCAUGUCCUCUCUGGCUGUCAGCUGAAGGUCAUCCAAGAUCAAUGAAGGUUAUUACCUCCCAGUUAAAUGGGAAUAAUGUAGAAAGAAAGGGCAUAACUGAGUAGAUCAAACAAGCUGACAAAAUACAAAUUCUAGUCAUACAAAUUAUCAAACAUAACAUGAAAUGAUAGAUUAAAUGGACCAAGGAUCUGUGCAAUGACAAGCUUUCUUUUUUCAAAAUUAAUUGCAAUAUCAACUUGAGUUGUACAAUAUCUUAGCUGAAGGUCUAUAGUUGAAUAAAUGGUCCAGGUUUUCGCUGUAGUAACAGUUAAGCUUAAAGAGUUAAAAAAAAAAACCAUGAUUUUUAUAAUUAGCUGUAGGCCAGUUAUUAGUGGGUCCAAGUUCUGAAUUGUAGGCCUAUAGUUAAAAAAAGUGGUCCAGAUUUUAGCUAUAGUUAAUAGUAGGCCAAUAUACAGUGCAUAGUUAAACAAAUGAGUGGUGUGUUUUUUUUGCUGUAGAUCAAUAUUUGAAUAAACGGUUUAAAUGCUUAGCUUUAGGCCUAUAAUUAAAUUAGUAGUUCAGAUAUCUAGCUGUUGGUUGAAUUGUGUUUUUCAUAUCAAUACACAAUUUCUGAGUUGUCUCCCUUUGCGAACUCUUCAAAAUUUGCUGCUUGGUAGGGCCAGAGCAAUAUGAUUACUGUGAAUAAAAAUGUUACCUUGAUGCGUUUCAGAAUUGCAUAACACAUCUCAGUUUUACUAGAAAUAUAGUAGAUACAGAGAACUAAACAAUAUCGGUAACUAUUUAUCUUGAAAACCUUUUAAACACAAAACAACACUAAAUAAUGAGCAAAUAUGAAAGCUUUCUAAGUACUGCAUAAGUGUCGAUAAACUUGAGUUGAUGUAAGGGAACAAUAUUUGGACAAGGCUCGUCUCGGUGGGUUUCCUGUCAACAAAAUGAUGAGGACAAUUUGCCAUUCACAAUCAGCGACGUUCACUUUCUCUGAAUACUCUUAUUUUUCUGUUUGGCAGCAAAAAGAAUUUUACACCUUUUAUCCAUGCAUGGAUAUUUGAUGAAUAUAUUAAGAUUUCUUGUCACCACAAUUCAACCUGGCACAUAGUAGAAAUGUGUCGACAUCAUGAAAGUGAUGAGACAACAGCUUGGCUUCCAAUUCUAGGUCUUACUCCUGUGUUAGUACACUAUACCUCUGCCACCAAAAGGGGACUAAAUUUCAGGGGUGAUAACUGCCACGGAAAACGGAAAGUUAGAACUCAGAAAUUGCGUAUUGGAACCCAAAAAUAUGUUGUACUUCGGUAUAUGAUACUAAUGUACAGUAUAAUCAUGUUUCAACCCUUUUUGCAUUGAAAUAUUGUGUUCAUUAUAUUAUGAUCAUCACACUUUUCUGUGUAAAGUUUUUUUUAUAAGAUGUAUUAUUGUUGAUUAACCAGAAAUAAUUUUGCUCACCUGUCAAAAUUCAGUGUGCUAAAAUGUGAGAGCACUGAGCCCAUUAUAUUACAUUGCCAAAUCAAAUCCAAUUUUAUCGUUUUGUCACAAUUGUCUAUGUUUUUGAAUCUCAUGUUCAAGUCUUCUAUUUUUUUACUUUAUAUUUUUUAGAAACUUACUCUUGUGGUUUCUUUAGAAAAUGUGUUUUCACAGCACAUAGAUAACUAGGGUCUCAUACUGUAUCAGAACCAGGUAUUUUGUACUCCUGAAAAAGUUCAGUGUUGUUGUAUAAUGUCUUGUUGCUAGUUUUUAAAUUCUUUCAUAUACAUAGAGAAUGAUAUAUAUUGUAUUGACAUUACUAUUUGUAAAUGUACUUAAUUAUUCUUGACAGAAUCUCAAACCAAAAUCCAUCCAGUUGCUUCUUAGUAACCCACUUGCCUUAUCCAAAUCUCCAAAUCAUUUGGAUUAACCCUUAGUAACCUAAGUUUCUUACUUAUGGUCCAUCAGAUCACCCCUUAGUAACCUGAAUCUCUUACAUUUAGUCCAUCAGGUCACCUCUUAGUAACCUGAAUUUCUCACUUAGGUCCAUCAGAUCACACCUUAGUAACCUGAAUCUCUUACUUAGGUCCAUCAGGUCACCCCUUAGUAACCUGGGUCUCUUACUUAGGUCCAUCAGAUCACUCCUUAGUAACCUGAAUCUCUUACUUAGGUCCAUCAGAUCACCCCUUAGUAACCUGAAUCUCUUACUUAGGUCCAUCAGAUCACCCCUUAGUAACCUGAAUCUCAUACUUAGGUCCAUUAGAUCACUCCUUAGUAACCUGAAUCUCUUAUUUAGGUCCAUCAGGUCACUCCUUAGUAACCAGAAUUUCUUACGUAGGUCCAUCAGAUCAACCCUUAGUAACCUGAAUCUCUUACUUAGGUCCAUCAGAUCAACCCUUAGUAACCUGGAUCUCUUACUUUUAGUCCAUCAGAUCAACCCAUAGUAACCUGGAUCUCUUAUUUAGGUCCAUCAGAUCACCCCCUAGUAACCUGAAUCUCUUACUUACAUCCAUCAGAU